CAGCAGGGGGGGAGUCAGAGCUCCAUGCGCUCCACCAAAAGCUAUGCUCAAGCCCCGUGACAUGUAUCGUAGCUCCAUCCACCGGUCCACAAGGUCCAACACUCAGCGCAGCGGCUGCUGAUGUUCGGUGACUUUGAUGCUUCCUUGCUGUGUCUGGUGUAGGUUCUUCUCAUGCUGAUUGAUGAGGUUGUGAUUCUCUCGCUGGUGACGGUGGAGCUCUGCCGCCACGUUCCCGGGCUGGUGAGAUCUGGUGUCCGCAUGCAGCGGAGAUUCUUUGAUAAUAUCGACGUGCGGGCUGCAACCACGACCGACGCUGUCGAGAAGCUAUACCUGGUGCUCGACUUCUAAAUCGGGCGGCCCCACGAGAUGAGUCGUCCGGUGGGAUCGUCAGGAGAGGGCCUCUGUGAACAGGACGAGCAGACAAGACGGUCAGCAGGGCCGACGCCACGCACAGCAGAGGCGCCCUCCGCCACAUCUCUCUUCAUCCGCAACAUCCUCAGCCCGCUGUCGUUGGGCUUCAUCAGGAAGCAUCCGGAAGCAGAUCAUACCACCGCAGAUGGCGACAGCACCACGGCAGGGCCGCGAGAAAAACCGGUGGCGGCACCCACACCGAGCGCGGGUGACGCUGCCACGUCGGUGGGGUCGCCCGACGCAUCCACCAGGACCACUCGCACCCCCACCACCCUGCCCCCCUCCCGCUCGGCCGCCUCCCACCUUCCCACCCCCUCCCCAUCCACAGGCAGGAGCAGAAUGGAGGCAGGGCAGCAGACCACACGCAGCUCAUCGCAGGCCACGACGCCCACCACCACCACGCCGACCACGCAGCACGUCGCCCUGAAGCCCAAACCGGGCAGCGGGCGGCGGAGGAAAGGCACUGACGUCGGGUGGAUCGGGUGGCUGAGGCGUUUGUUCAAAGGCGACAGACGGCAGCGGUGCUUACGCAUAUCGGGAAUCGUGGCUGCGGUGCUGUUUCUGCUCAUGGGGAUCGGGGCGAUUUUGUUUUUUACUGUCGGGCUGACGCCGCUGGCCCAGUCCAUAAUUGAGUCGAGUGAUCUGGCGAUCGAUACCAUCACCGUCACCGCACCCAGAGAGGACGGAUUCCAUCUGGCACUCAAGGGCGCCUUACGGCGGGGGGAUUUCGGUUCGGGGAUUGAUGUCAUUCUGCCGGCCCUCUCGCUCGACACCUAUGGAGUUCAUGGUGGCAAAGAGAGGAGGCUCGGCAGGUUCACCAUACCCACAAUGCGGCUCAAGGGCAGCCGGGCGCCGCUGGCAUUCAACGCGUCUUUCACCAUCUCUGACAUGGAGGCAUGGAACGAGUUCACUCCUGCCCUCCUGGAGGCUGGUGGGAGGAGUCGGCCGACGUGGCGUGUGGCGAGCCCCAAGCCGUUUGCUCUGCGCAUCCGGCUGAUGGGCAUUAAGACGGAGAUAUCCAAUUUGCGAUUCGACAAGACACUCGACCCCAAUGGUGAGACAGUGAGCACAUUUCCUACUACACGCGCAUCCAUGAUGUCUCUCUUCGGCCAUGCGCGUUUGCUCUGCAGCAAUGGGGGCGUCUCUCGGGUCAGGCCUUCAGGACUUCAAAAUCACCGACUUCGGCCUGGACGGCUCCCCCGACAUCUCGGGCGGCGCCGCCCUCUCACUCACGGCACGAUUCAAGUCACCAUCCAAGCUCGGUGUCGACCCACUUGGCGACCUCGAUCUUACCCUCGUCUACGCCAACACCACAGUGGCAUCACUGCGGGCACGGCAGCCGUCGCUGCGGCCAGGACAGAACGAGUGGCAUAUGGACGGCGAGCUGGCGACUGUUGUGGCUGGCGAGGGGUCGGCGGAGAGGGCGCGGGCGAUCAGUGGGUUUGUGGCGGCUGCGAUGGACGGCAAGGGCAUGACGGUCAACGUGAGGGGCAACAAGACGACCGAGCCGAUCUUUGCAAGUGAGUGAGUGAGGCAGGGACAGGAGGUGCUGCACGCAAGAGAGAGAGGGGCAGUGUGUAAUGAUGAAAAUACGAUCGGCUAAGUGAGUCUUGGCAUCAUCACAUGCAUGGUGCACAAGAUGAGCACUAUUCACGUCCGCUGAACAACACACCACCACAUCCAUCCAUCCAUCCAUUCGUCCGUCCAUCCAUCCAUCCAUCCACACACGUGCACUUCCCUGCCCACACACACCACACCCACCCUCUCUCCUUCUCUGUCUGUGUGUUGUCCUGUCUGCCAUCAGCUGCGGUCGAGGCACUGGACCUCUCCCCACCGAUCGGCGCCCUCCCCGGCCUCGCAGACGGCGGUGUGUUCAAGUCGCUAACAUUCAAAGGUCUGAGCAUCGACCUCAGCCCGUUCGACCAUGCAUCGGAAGAUGGCAGCCCGUCUCUGGCCAUAAACAGCGUCGACAGCGGCCGCAAGCUGCAGGGGAAGACCAAGACCAACGUGGUGGGGCUGGGCGGGACGGCUGAGGUCAUGUUCGACAGCCCACUGGGAGACAACUCCCCCAUAUACGUUGACAAGGUGAGCAGGGCAGGGGGAGGGAGGGAUGGCAACGGGAGGAAAGCGUGUAGGGAGAUAUGUGGUGUGUGGUCUGUCGUGUUGGUGUCUGUGGAUGUGUGUAUGAAGGUGUCUCUGACAGCGUCGAUCCAUGACGGCAUGGUGGCGGGCGAGCCGUCGGUCGGGACAUUGAGUGCUCUUCUGAAACCAAUCGCACAGCCCGCCGAACCACCAAGUGAGUGACCACCUUCAGUUCACCAAUCGGUGCAUACAAACAAUGCGUACGGCUUAUGUCUCCUGUCUGUCUGUCUGCAGACAUGUCUGUGUACGAGUGGCUUGCCGGGACUGGCCCUUACGUCGGCCCAACACCCCCACCCACCGUGACCGUCAGGGAGCCGCUCAGCCCCCCUUCGCCUCCCCUAAAGCACCACCGAUCGCACCAACCAUCGCCCAAACCCACCACACACCCACACCCACGCCCCACAUACACCAGCGACCCGUUUGCCGGCCGGCACCUCGCUGCUGCAGCAGCGGCUCCUGUGCCCCUGCUGUUCGACAUCCAAGGCAAUAUGACUCUGGCGGACGGCGGCAAGCCCUUCAGUACAUUCACGAGUGCCUUCCUGACGGAGCCUGACGUGUACAUGCUCAUCAAGGGGGGCAGCGCACAGGUGCGGCUGCGGACGGCGCUGGGGCCACUGGUCCUCCCCAGCCUCACCAUCGAGACGAGCAGGGAGACCGCACAGCCUCUCAAGGGAUUUGGCGGCAGGGAGGACAGCAAGGGCGGCGAGGGGGCAGAGAGUGGCUUGGCGGUGGAAUUGACCGGAUUUGAGUUCUUGUCCACCGGCAAGAGGGACGCCCUCGACCUGGAGGCCAGCGCCACUCUCACCAAUCCCUCCAACACCUCCGUGUCGCUCGGUGACCUCAUACUGGAGAUGACCCUGCCGGACGCCAGCCUGGCGACAUCAUCAAGGCGGAGGCGCAUGCAGAGAACCGCACCGGUCCUCGGCUAUCUAGCGGCAUACGGUGUCGAGAUCACGCCUGGCGACACCACUCUCAGUCUGAAGGGACGUCUGCGGCCCGACGACAUGGACCUUCCCAUUGUGUCUGAGCGCCUGUCGGCCUACCUGCGAGGCCACCCACUCCCUGUGCGCGUGGCCAUUGCUCCCCCACCAAGCGGCGCCGUCUGGACUUUCGCCGACGAGCUGUUCGCGCGGCCAGGAUGGUUCUAUGAGGCCCUGUCAUCCUUCGAGACAAUCACGGCCCUCCCCCCACUCAGUGAGCUGAUGGCCAAGCCCGGAGAGACGCCGAGCGGAAUCUCCUCAGAUCUAGUGCAGAAGGUGACGUACGAGAGCCUGACGGUGACCAUCAGCCAGACUCCCGACAGGCUGCCGCUCAAGGCCCUACUCGACAUCGAGACCCGCAACCCUCUCGGGGGCGGCAACACCAUUGUGGAGACCGUCAGCCUGGCCGCCACCAUCAGCUCAUCUGAGGGCAGGCCCCUCACGCGCCUGAACACCGCCCCCCAGAAGGCCGUCAUGACCGAGAGCAGCACCGGUGACAACCUGGCUUUCCGUCUGCCGUACACCGGUGACAUGAUUCUCUACGGCAACGGCGAGGCGGUCGCUUCAUUCGCCACCGACACCCUGUUCGGCAAGGGGGCGGACUCGGAUGCAUCUUCCGUCGGUUUGAUGGUGAAUGGGACGGUGUCUGCCGUGGUGGACACGCCCAUGGGCCGCCUCACCCUGUCGGAUCUGCCGGUGGAGCAGGUGACCACUCUGGAUGAGGGGGGCAGCCUCUUCGACAGCCUGGGGGUGAAGCUGGUGCUCUUCCAAGUCACGAAGCUCGCCAUCAACCCCUCCUCGCCACACACAGGCUCGGGGGCCUAUUCGACACGCGAUCUCACCAUGGAGGUGCUCGUUGAGCUUUCCGUGGCCAAUCCCUCGCCGUUCGGCGUCGUCUUCGACAAGCUGGACCUACCCCUGCACGUGUACAUGAAGUCGCUGGGGGUAGGCGGCGACCUCACACUGAUCGCCCCCACCCUGGCGCCUUCACCUGACCUCUCCCGGCUGCGGCUUGUCGGGCGGGUCAAGGCCGACGCGGCCGUGCAGGAGCCGACAGUGAAGGGUGAGAUGGCCCGCCUGGCCAACGGCCUGUUCUCGGGUGGGGUGUUCCCCGUCAAGGUAGCCGGCCGCGACGACAACAAGGGCGCAGGUGGGAAACUGCCUCCGUGGUUAAGAUCAGUGGUCGAUGACCUGGCGCUGGACUUCAACCUCGACGGGUAAGCUAAGCGACCAAAUGACAACCAAACAGAGGCAACAAACAUCACAUGACGAUCGUGUCUAUGUUUGUUUCUCGCCUGUCAUUGAUUGCAGUGGUCUCGGCGGCUCCUUGAUCGACACAGUCGGUGUGCUCAAUCUGUCCGUGCAGCCGGUCGACGACGACACCCUUGUGCUGGCGGGUAUCCUUGACGUCACGGCCAACAGCCCCUUCGGCUCCGACGUGCCCCUCACCGUUCGCAAGGUGUCCAUCGACUCGACCCUCCACUUCCGGCAGGGCGAUGACGCAUCCCUCACUCUCGGCCGCAUGAACCUCCCCAGCCGAGCCCCGCUGGUCCAGGAGCUGACGCGCGUCAACGGCAGCGACAAGCUGAUACUCCAGCUUCAGCUCAACGACACUGUCCGCAUCCAGAAGCAGUCGGCCGUGUCGUCCAUCACGCCCUUCGCCGCCUUCAUCGGCGCACUGGCCAAGGACGGAUACGUGCCGCUCGACAUCCGCGGCAAGGCGGGCAUGGACGUGGUCGUGAGCGCCACAGUCACCGAGGGCAGGCAGAAGAAGCUCUCCGACAUCCCGCUGACUCUUGACGCGAUCCCGCUGGACUUCACCCUCACCAUGGGCGAGAAGGAUGGCGAGGGGAUAUCGGUGGACCUCGACUCGUUCGUCUUCGAGGGGCCGUCCGAAGAGGGCGGGCUGGACAUCUCGGCCACUGCAGGCAUCGUCAAUCCGUCAGACGCAUCGCUUUUCCUCGGUGAUCUCUCAUUCGAACUCUACCUACCGGCGUACGAUGACACCAACACCACCGGCGACGGCCCAACAAGACGCAUGCUCCAGGCAGCAGCCGCGUCCUCAUCUGUAUUGCUCGGCACAGUGGAGGCCAAGUCGGUGUUCCUGCGGCCGGGCAAGACGCCCAUCGAGCUCACCGGCAGGCUCAACCCGGCAGCCGCGGCCCUGGUGGUUGUCUCACGCCGCUUCAGCGAGUACGUGCGCGGCGGCGACCUGCCCGUGGUGGUCAAGACGUUGCCCAAAUUGAGAGAGGGGGGCGGGUGGUUCAAUCCUUUCACACCCUCCGAAGAGUCGUCGAGAGAGGCGCCACCUAUAUGGCUGAAGGAGGCACUGGAAACGAUUGCGAUUGACACAAAGCUGCCCCCACUGAGCGAGCUUGGAGGCGGUGAGGGUGGUGGUGACCUGGUCUCUGACAUCUCGGUGGGGCGUUUCGAGAUUGACCUCGGUGGAGUGGCGGAGACGCAGCGUGCGAUCGGUGUGGUGGGGGAGGUCGGGACGGUCAUCAACAACCCGCUGGGGGAGGACACGCCCCUGACCGUCGAGGCCAUCGAAUUGGCUGUCGACCUGCUGGGAGACAACGGACAGGCGUUCGGGGUCAUGAAGACGCAGCCCACCCAGAUACCUGCAAGCAAGCAGAAGGUCAGAUGCAAGCGCCGCGCCCUGACACUCUCGCUCAGCUCAUGUAUGUAUGAAUGGAUUUGUUACUGUCUGUCUGUCUGCCUGUUGCAUACAUGGCAUGUGUCACUCACAGGUGCUCGGCAAUGGCCAGAUCCGUCUGGACUUCCCACUGGUGGCCACCCUGUCCCUCACAAGCGACGGGUCACCCUUUGUCGCAUUCACGCGAGAUCUCCUGGAGCGCAAAGGGGCCGCUGCCCCUCUCACCAUUCGAGGCCGGACACGAGUCAACGUGCAGACGCCGAUGGGCCUGCUCGACCUCGACGGCCUGCCCAUCACAUCCAAGCUCAACCUGACAAGCGGCGACCAGCGGGAGGAGGAUGCCCUGCAGGUCUCCGUCGAUGACUUCAAGCUCACGGGCGACUUCGACAACCUCACUGCUCCGGCAAUCGCCCAGAGCCUCACGGACGUUGGCAGGAGCACGUCGCCCGAUGGCUGGGUGGCCAUGGAGAUCGCCACCACCCUGACGUCCAGAUACCUCAUCACCAUCGACUUCGGCAACCUGGCCCUGUCCGCCGCCCUGAGAUACGGCAACCAGGAUAUCGGCGUGGUGGAGACGGACGGGCCUUUCAUGCUCAAGGCGGGUGACAGCCAGCUGCGGCUGAGAGGCUACCUCUGGCGCACAGUGAGGAACAAGCGGCAACUCAGCGACCUGUUGCAGGCGGCCAUGGGGGGUGCAGAGGGUGGCGGGGAUGCCAGAAUACAGCUGGAGGGAGUAAGGCUGGCGUAUCCCCUGGGGUCUAAGCAGGAGGGUGGGAAGGGGCUUCCCGGCUGGGUGCCCAAGGUGGCGCAGGUCGUCAAGUUCGACACAACCAUACCAAGGUCAGUCAGUCAGCAUGAAUGAGCGAGCACACAGGCAGGCACGCACACGCCCUUCGUGUGUGGUCAGCUUCGGCUCCCCAGCAGACUUUCUGAAGCCACUCGACGUCUCGUCUGUCGCCCUCGCCCCCGUCGUGAAUCGACCGACAGACGUGGACGUCCACCUGGGCACAAAUCUCACCUUCGGCGGGCCUCUGAUGCCCUCCCUCACUAUGACCUUCACAGACGUCGUAUUGGGGGGAGACCUUUCCGCGGGGCCCGGCCAACUCGGCGCUUUAUCGCUCAAGUCCAGCAAGAUGGCGACUGGGACAGGGGGAGGUGGCGUGCUGCUCAACCUCGGGGGCCGGAUGAAGCUGCCUGAGCAGGGGGACGCCCUGACGGCCUUCAUUGAGGACUUCCUCAACAGCACAGACCGGCAGCAUGACCUUGCAUUGGCGGGCACAUUCAGUGGCCGCGUGGACCUCGGCACACUGGGCGUUCCCAUCGACCUGACAGACGUCGCCCUCAACCAGACCCUGCCGCUCGAGAGCUCUCUGGAUACCUUCGGCGUCGAGGUUGCGGGUGUUGAGUUCACGGGGGAGGAUCGGAAUGGCGGCCUUGCGAUGGACAUCUUCAUCAACAUCACCAACCCCUCGCCCGCCCAAGUCACCCUCGGCGACCUGCGGCUCAACGUCUUCCUGCUACCAGUCGAGGGCGAGCCUGUCGACGCGCCAAUGGUGCCCAUCGGCCACGUGGACGUGAGGCAGUAUGUGCUCAAGCGGAACGAGCACGAAAGCAAGUGCACGGGCAUCCUGAUGCCGGCCGCCGAAGACAUGGAUGCGGUGUCUGCGCGUAUAAGCAGGUUCCUGCAGGGGAAGACCCUCUCUGUGCGGACGGUGCUCGAUGAGACCUACAAAACAUCCAACACCCCGCCUCCAUGGCUGCAAAACGUCAUCCAUGGCCUUGACCUGAAGUCUGAGCUACCCUCCCUGGCCAGCGUGACGGCCGGGGCGGACUCGAAGCUGGUCGACUCCCUGGUGAUCAAUGACUUCUAUCUGCGGCUGGACGAGGUGGAGGACGGGGCGGAGGAGCCUGCCAUUCCACUGAAGGGCGUGCUGGAGGUGGUGGUCAACAACCCUCUGGGGUCGGCUACCAAGAUGAGCAUAGAGUCCCUGGGGAUGUCUCUGUCUCUUCUGGACGGGAAGGCGGAGGACGCACCUGUCCUGGGGAGGCUUGAAAUCCCGCCAGUCGAGAUCAAGGACUCCCGAUUCGUCAACGGGGUAAGAACGAAACCACAAACACUACGACGAAGCUACCAACCAACCAACCAACCAACCAACCGGUGUCUUGACUGACAUGUUUGCUCUGGUCUCUCUAACAUCAGGAUGACGACUACAGCCAGAUUGCGUUGACCAUCCCGCUGUCCACUCCGCUAAUGCUCGAUGACGUGGACAACACAGCCGCCUUCGCCAAGCGGCUGCUCAGCGCUGUUGAGAGCGGUGCAGCGUCCAACACGACUGAUGCGCUUCGGGUGAUUGGGGGCGCUGACGCGGUCGUGUCGACCCCAAUGGGACGGCUGUCGCUCACCGACCUGCAAGUCGAUGAGGAGCUGCCGCUGACGGGCCCGGCAAGGGAGGAGGAAGAGACCGCUGUGCCCCUGUUCGAGGUGCAGAAUUUUACCGUCGAGGAGUUCCUGUUCCUUGAGGACUCGGGCUCAUCGCCGAUCACCCCGGACUUCCCGCUCGAGUCGCAAGAAGCCGACACCCCCUCGCCCCCUCUCUCACCUGGCGGCGACCCCCUCACGCCCUCUGACCCCUCCACGGACACCUCCACGGACACCUCCACUCCCUCCGAGCCUUCCCUUCCUUUUUUCCCGCCGCCCCCGCCCCCCCAGCCGGAGCCACCAGGGCUGCCGAAUGGAGACCAAUUCUUCGUCGACGGCUUAUUUGGCCGCCGUGACCGGGCUACCUUUUUUGGGCCGCCGCGAGCGCUGCAGCGGCGUGGCCAGAUCGCCAACGGCAUGAGGGUUUCGUUGGGCCUGGCUGUACGAAAUCCCGCGCCGAUUGGGCUGGCAUUGGGCGAUCUUAAGUGGAGCGUGAGAAGGGAUGACGUCACGAUUGGCGAGCUGAGGACGAUGGACGUCAUUCUGGCACCUGGGUCGGAUGAGUCGGCUGUGAAGGUGAGAGGCACGCUGCAGGCGCCUCCGGGUGUGGACUCUGAGGCCUUUUUCACUGAGCUGGUGGGCGAGAUGUUUGGUGACGACCAAGCGGCACUACAGCUGACACCGAGACCGAUGAGGGAAGGGGCACCCGACUGGCUGACAAGAAUUGUCAACGGCGUCUCAGUGUCCGUGCCUGUCAACGGGUAAGUGCAUGCCUAAGAGUUGUGUAUCCAUCCAUGCAUGUGUGUGUGUACUUGCCCUCUCUCUCUCUGUGUCUACCCUUUGCAGCAUCCUGAGCAGUGACUCCCUGGUCGCCUCACUUGACGUCUCCUCCCUGAGCCUCAUCCCUCUGGGUGGCCAGGAGGUGCAGCUCAAGGGCUCCCUCACCAUCACAGCCAACAACCCCCUCGGGGCCAACGUCGACAUCGGCGUGUCGGAGCUGGGACUCAGCGGCACUCUCUACGGCCCCUCCUCCAAGCCUAUAUGCGUUCUGCGCGUCCCGUCGCAGACUGCAGUGGUCUUGACUGGCGACAAUCUCGACGUCGAGCCCAACCAGAUUGUGGUGGGCUAUGACUUCGAGGGCACACUGACCAUGGAGGAGGACGGCGAGGCCUUUGCCGAUCUGGUCGAGUCGAUGCUAUCUAAGGGCCCAUCCUCGGCAGCCCGGUCGCUGGCGAUGCAGCUUAUGGGCACGUCGGCAGUCACCGUCAUCAGCCCCCUCGGCACGCUCCCUCUCGACAAGGUGCGGAUCGACAAUGCCAUGCCCCUGCUGAAGGAAGGCAGCGAGGCCAUCGACCUCUCCAACGCCUCGCUCGGCGACAUCAAGUUCGGCUCGCCGCCCCGCGGCCAAGAGGGCGUCACCUUCACCACCAAUCUGGAGGUCGACCUCCCUGCUUCCUUCCCGCUCAGCCUCGACUUUGGCAGUGCUACCUUCGACCUCACCUUCACGCCUCCGGUCGACAACGCCACUCGUGCUGUGCUCGGUGACAUCACACUGACGCCCCUGGCCCUCAAGAGGGGCACCAACAAGAUCCCCGUGGAGGGCUCGCUCGUGCCGCCCACCACCGACAGCGACCGUGCCGGUCUCAACUCAUUCGUGUCGCGGUACGUUGCGGGCAAGCCGGCAGCGUUGAAGGUGGUGGGCAAGUCCAUCUAUCUAGAGGACACCUUACCAUCGCGAGCGAGCCCCAAAUGGCUGCAGAAGGUGGCGGCGGCGCUUGUGGUGGAGAUGGAUGUGCCGGGGGGCAGCAAGGCGGCCUUCGGUGACAUUUCUGUGAAGGACCUCGGCAUCACCGCCCGUCGCGGGAGCGACGAUGGGGUCAACAAUGCCAUCCGCUUUGAGGCUGUCGUCUCGGCUGAGCUGAUCAACCCCCUCGGCCCCGACUCGCCCGUCACCGUUGACCGAGCUGCUGUGGCCAUGAAGCUCAUGAGAGGGGACGCCAUACUCGGAUCUCUGGAUAGCGGCCUGCUGGAGGCGGGCUCUGGCUCGUCGCGCGGCAGCAAGCAGAUGGUGACGCUGCCCUUCAAGAAGACCGAGCUCGUCUUCCCUGACAGGGGCAGAGCCUUCGGCGCUCUGGCCGCUGACCUACUGAAGAGCGACACGGAGGGCGAAAGCCCCUCCCUCACCAUCGACGGCACCAUUGCGGCAUAUGUCUCGUCGGAUCUCGGCCCUCUGCAUCUGACCGAGCUGCCCCUGUCCACAAACGUCACUCUCUCCGGCCUUGACAUUGCUGUCGAGUCCGACGGAGGGCUGCGUGAGUGGGGGCUGACCGACGCCAGUGAUGGCUUUCAGCUCGACGCAACCGUGGCAUUCGAUGUGGGAGGGUCGGCAUCUUCGUCGACGGGUGCAUCGAUGUCGCUCAUCGACCUGGGCGCGGUCAUGCUCGACGCCUACAUGGGCGGGAAGCGCCUCCUCCGCCUCACCGCACCCAGCCUGCGGCUCGUCGACGGCAGCAACACCCUCAAGAUCCUGGGCCAGAUGACCCCCAAGUACACCGACAUUCCCACUGCGGCCAGCCUCAUGUCGUCGGUCGUGUCGGGCGAUAGCGUGAAGCUCACCGUCAGGGGGGCGGAGGGGGACGACUCAAAUUCCCCUGAAUGGGUGAAGGCGGCUGUGUCUGCGCUGGAGCUGGAGGUGCCGGUGAAGAUCACCGCUGAGAGGGGCGGCGGUGGGCGUGAGGAGGGUGAGAGCGCUUCGCCUUUCCUGAGGGAUGUCGAGGUCGGCGGCAUCGUGCUGGAUUUCGUGAGGGGAAAAGACCCCUUCCUGGAGGGUAGCGUGGUGGUCGAAUACGCGCUGCCCAAGGGAGUCAACAUCUCCUUCGACGUGAAUCAGCUGUCCCUUGCCACCAGCAUGUCCCGCGCACCUAUCUCGGAGGUGGGUGCCGGUAAGCCCACAUCACUCCCCACACAGGUGGGCCGUCUCAGCGUCACCACGGCCGACGUCUCAAUCCCCGGCGACUCCAAGUUCCGGGCGGUCUUCGACAACGGCGUCAUUAAGGUGAAGGACGGCGAGCGGGCCGCGUUUGAGGACUUCCUGUCUGCUGUCUUAUAUGACUCCGGGGCCACUCGGCUGUACCUGAGUGGUGAGGCAUCACUGGUGCUCGUGACCAGGCUGGGCCAGCUCUCGCUGGAUGGCGUCAAACUCGACCUCUCCCAAGACCUCAAACGUAUGCAAAUACAGCAGGAGAUGGCGGGCGACUGCUUACCUUACUGUGCCUGGUUGCUUUCUCUGUCUCUUUGUAGACUUGGGUGGCAUCGACAGCGACUCCGUCAGUCUGGGCACUCUGCAAGUCUCAGAAGGCCGCGCGGACGGUCUCAUCAUGAGCACAGAAAUUGGCCUCAAGAACGCCGCCUCCUUCGGUGCCCGUCUGGGCGACGUCAAGCUCGACCUCUACGUGGCCGAGAAGGACCUCCCAGAGCGGCCUCGCCUGAGGCCCCCUCCUCGCAACGGCGGCGGCCUCCUGGCCCCACCCCCUCGGCCCAUGCCUAUCCCUAUCGAGCAGCAAGCGCCGCCACUGCCUGAGGACGGCGACCUGAUGCUCUAUGUGGGCCAGGUGACCGUCCGCAACCUGACGCUGCUGCCGGGGAAAGAGUCCAAGAUGCCGAUCGACGUCCUGGUGUUCCCCACACGUGAGGGCGACAGCGCCCAGGGGCCCCGCCGGCUUAUAUCGCAGUAUGUGUCGCGAAAGGGCAGCGCCACGCUGCUCAAGGGCAGGCAGAACAGCACGAGGGUGCCGCUGGUCAACAAGGCGCUGAGCCGGUGGGAGUCGGGAGUGGCGAUAUCAGGGGCCAAGGAGAGCUUCAUGCAGGGGGCGGAGCUGGACCUCGCUUCGCUGCCGCUCUUCGGUCGUGGGCUGGAGGUGACUGCCCGUUUGAUCAUCAAGAAUCCCUUCCCUGUGGACGUCAAGCUGCUCUACGUCGACUCGACCCUUUUCAAAGACGGCGUGUGAGUACCCACCACCACCGCACACAAAGAGAUGGAUGACACACACACGUGUUUGUGUGUCCCUCCCUCGCUUUGUGUCUGUCUCGUCUCCCAGCAAGAUAGGCCAGACGACGAUAGACUGGCGGAAUGAUCCGAUGGUGAUUCCCGGGGAGUCGACCACCAAGACGGAUGCCUACAAGCUCAAUGUGGGGGCCGUCACACCACAGGCACUCACCACAUUCUGGCAAUCGCUCCAGGGAUACUCGACCGUUUCGGUGCGUACGUACGUGCCUGCAUCACCAGCAUAGCAUACAUGGAUGGGAUGUGUCUGUCACCCCACCCCCUUCGGUUGUGUGCAGGCGGAGGGCAUUGUUGAGGUUGUUAUCGGCGAGUACGGGACGCUCAUCGAUUACAACGAGGCCACGAUACCGACGACAUUCUAGCCAUGCAGGCAAACCGGAUACGUGUCGGUCGGUCGGCUGGUGCGCCAUCGCGUUUUUCGGUUCGUCCGCCAUGCGUUUCUUGCGCAGUGUGGCAUACCAUCCAUGCACCGGUCGGUCAUGUAGAGUUAGACAUAGCAGCACUCAGUAAGUACGUGGGGGUGAUAGGAGAGGCGAGGCGAUGCUCUGCACACAAGUACGUUGGUUUGUUGGUCCUUUUUUUGCCGUCUUUUGAUUGACUGAUUGAUGACCGAUUUUAUGCAUGCGGCUCGCUCGUUCCUGGCUAAUUGACAGUGCUCCUGGCACGCACUGUGUGGGUGGUGGGUGCGAUGAGUGGGUGCGAUGGGUGGGUGUGGCGGGUGGACAUCGACCUAUAUUUGUGAAGCCACCAAGUGACGCGACACACACUAACUUCUUCUCCUUCUAUGUAGAUACUCAAUGUAAUGUGGACCUCCCUCCUGUGAUGUAUGGUAUGAUGUAAUGUCUCAUGCAUCAGCCACAUCAACGACCGAUCGCAGCCACCGUCAGGUAUAGAUGUCCAUAACUGCGGAUUGGGGUGGAUCGUAGGCAGGAGUGAAUAAAACGACCAACACAGGCAGACAGACAGACACACAGGAGGCAGACAGACAGACACACAGGCAGGCAGACAGACAGGCGGACUGAUGGUUGAAGGCAAUUAAAGGGGCUGCCCGGGCCGACUCCCUUGCAAUUGAGAGCAGGUCAGGCAGGCACUCAGAUGCACGAUACGAUGUACAUGUGUGUGUGUGCAUAUGCAUAUGCAUGUGUGGUCACACACAUCGUUAUUUAUGUGGGCCGGCCAAAGUGUCUACCUGCCUGCCUUACCCUACCCCACCUGCCUUCUCUGUGUGUGCCCAUGUGCAUAUACAUGUGAUUUGAUACGAUAGAUACGUGUGACUUACUUAUAUAUUGCUAUGUAGGGUAGGUAAGUGGAGUGGAUGGAUGCUGCAUACAGUAAGUACUUACACCUGCAAUCGAUCGAUCGCAGCCACUCAGUCACUUUGUUGUAAGUAAGGAACCCACUGACCGACCGAACAGCACCGCACCAUUAAUUGAACAAAGGACGUCUUGCACACCUGCGGGAUGCAUCUGCGUCCGUCGGCGACUGACUGAGGUCACCAGCAAUGUGACGUGGUCAGCGAGAAGACACUGAUAUACAUGAAACAGCGAUGCUGC